AAAUACUUCCUCAUUGACAUUUAGAUCCUACAAUUUGUGCUGAAUAAUUUAUUUACUUGACAUUGGUAGAAUUGUGCGAAAUGCGCAAAUAAGCCAUUUAUUAAAAAAUAAGAAAAAGAAGAAGAGGAAUUUUGGUAGUUUCUUUAUUUUUAUAAAUACUUCCACUUUUCAAAUGAUUAGGCUGUAUGAGCUUAGUACCCUUUGCCUUAGUGUGGGGGGGGGGGGACCUAUAGGAAUGAGACAUAGACAUAAAAGGAACGAAAAAAAAAACAAUGUCAUGGUAAUUUUACCCGCGUAUUUAUCUGUCUUUUUCACGGAAUUUGGUCGCCCCUAGAUGUAUAUAAGAUAGUUUAGCAUUGGCAUGUUAAUGAUUUAAUUAACCACUGAUCAAAUCUAUUUGAUUUGCCUUCCGCAAGUCAUUAAAUUGUUUUAUUGUAGUAUUUAUUUGUUUAGAUUUGAAUGUGUCUAUAGAGAUCUUAUAAAGAGUUAUUGUACAUAAAAAGUUUGACCGCAAGUGAUCAAAGAACGUAAUAUAUGCCCAACCUAUUUCGGUUAAUUCAUAUAAAAAUAAAGCCAUGGAAGUUAACGACGAGCUGUCAAAAUUAGAGGAAUUGUUAAGUGCGGAUUUGUAUGAAAAUAAUUCUACUGAUAAAAAUACCAUUAUUAGUCAAGUUAACAUCUUUGAUAAUGAACUUGGUAGUAUUAAACUUAGUACGAUUGAUAAAGAAUGUGAAGAAAAGACGUCUGCUGUUCAUACCGGCGACACGGAUUCCUCAGAUGAUGAAGAAAAACGCAAUUACACUGAACGCAAAUACAAUGACUAUGGUUCUCAGAUAAAAAAAACACUUGAUCACAGGGCGGAAGAAAACUUGCAUAAGAAAAUUGAAUUUGAAACGAGAUUACGCCAGACUAAUUUAGACAUUAAAGUGGAACGUAGCAAUUCCUUUAAAAAGAAACCAGAUGCAGCACCAUCAACACCAGAUCAAGUUAGUAAGGCUACAUUUUGUGUUCCCGAAAAGAAGACUCAAUCUGCAGAUGUAUAUACUGAUCCAAUGUUUGGUAUACGGAUCACAAAACCACUUAUUUCUAGUGCUGCUCUACUCGAUCGAAUGCAGGGCCGUGAAGCAGUUAAUAUGUUGAGGGUGAAACGUCAUGUUGAAAAUGAAGAUUUAUCUAAAGACUGGGUUAUAGCUGGUGUUAUUGUUAGGAAAAGUUCAACUAAACAGUCACAAAAAGGCAAUCAAUUUAUGAUUUGGACAUUGAGUGAUCUGAAGGAUGACUUAAAAACUAUUUCCAUGUUUUUAUUUAGAAAAGCUUAUACUGAUCUAUGGAAAACAUGUGAAGGUACAGUUGUUGCCAUUUUGAACCCAAAUGUCUUGGAUAAAUCACAAAAUAGCAAUGAUCAAGCAAGUCUUAGUGUUGAAAAUCCUGAAAGAGUUAUGAUUUUGGGACAAUCAAAGGAUUUGGGGAUUUGUAAGAGCAGAAAGAAAAAUGGCGAACCAUGCACAGCAUUUGUGAAUGUUAAUCAAUGUGAGCAUUGUAUUUAUCAUGUAAAACAGGAAUACCAAAAAUAUUCUAAGAGACAAGAAUUGCAGUCUUCAACUAUGGGAAAGGGACUAGUUAAUUUGCAAAAUAAAGUUCUUGGCAAAAGUACUGUUAUUUAUGGAGGAAAAGCUUAUUCAGCUUUGCCAUCAGGUAAUGGUAAAAAGGUUAAAGAGAAAGAUCAGAAUAGACUGAUGUCAUUAAGUGACUAUUACAAGACUGAAAGUAAUAAUUUUAUGACAAACAAAGCACCAUAUGGAGCUGGACCAUUCAACAAAACAAAUGACAUAUUACAUAGCCCUAAACUAGCAAGAACCAGUGAUAAUGAAAGAUUGAAUAAAUUAACAAACUUGAAUUCAAGUCCACAAAAUAGUUCUAAAGCUUUAACCCAAACUUCUAGCCUUGCAGAAAAAGUGGCUUUCUCACCAAAGCUGGGAAAAGGUUUCGGACUUAAAGGCAGUGGUAUGAUAGAUUUAAAUGUGUCUUAUGGACAAAAGUCUGCAGAAAGAGCAAAAGCAAAUGCAGUAAAAUUGAUUCAGCAAAGUGGUGGGUUACCCAAAAUAGAUCCAAAUAACACUAAAGGCACAGAAGCUGGUAAGAAAAGGGCUCUAGAGAAACUAAACGAUUCUGGGAGUGAUGAAAAUACAUGUAAAAAAGCUAAACCCAAUAAUGAAGAAUUGAAGAAAAAGCCCAUGGGAGUGAAGUCUGAGAGAUUCAAGAAGAUUUUGGAGGCUACUUCUGCUCAUCAGAACUUGAUUGAACAACAUGAUGAUGAUGAACAAGAAAAGUAUUUUAAUAAACUAGAAAAAAAGGAAGCAAUGGAGGAAAAAAUGUUAAAUACUUUCAAAUUGCCAUGCAAAGCAGUGAGAUGUGCGAAGUGUAAAUACACAGCCUUUUCUGCUGCACAGAUAUGCAAAGAUGAAAGACAUCCUCUUAAAGUUUUAGAUACACAUAAAAGAUUUUUCAAAUGUGCUGAUUGUGGCAAUCGAACAGUAUCAUUGGAGUUGAUACCUCUUCACUCUUGUGGCAAUUGUAGUGGAUCACACUGGGAGAAAGCACCCAUGUUGAGAGAAAAGAAAGUUACAUCUCUUACAGGUGGAUUGUCUAUUAGAGGAGAGGAGGAAACAUUUAUUGGUGGGACAGUAAACACAGGAAAAAACAUCAAUUUGUUAGUACCUGAUAGCUGAGGUAUUUGGCUCAGCCAUGCUUUACCCCUGAAAGAUG